AUGGGUCAGACAGGAUCUUCUUUGCCCUGUUUAGCCCCCGAGAGUCUGCAAUGUCCUCCAGGUAGGAGCAGGGGGCAGCCAGGGAGAGCAGGGGGCAGCCAGGUGCAGCUGUCCAGGAGUCUACUGGCUGGACUUAAAGACAGGAGGACAGACUCUGCUGAUAACAGCCACACACGCUGCAGCUCAGCCAGCAGGGGGCAGCACCUGGACCAUGAUGAAGAUGAAGAAGAAGAAGAUGAUGACGUUAAUGAUGUCAGCAUACUUCCUGACACUGUGGGUUCGUAUCCUGACAGCCAAUCACAGCUCUACCUGUACCUGACAGCCAAUCACAGCUCUACCUUGGUCGAUCGUCCGAGCUCUGACAUCAUCGAACGUCUGACGCAGAAGAAAAAUAAAAAACACAAAGAGGCCGUUAAACAGCUGGAAGCAGAUCUGACAUCACUCACACAGGUGUGUGAGACUCAGGUGAGGACCAUCAGCAUGGACCUGCUGUCCUCUCUGCAGGACGUAGACCUCAGAUUGGACAUCCUGAAGGACAGAAUGGAGCAGUUGGAACACGUCAGUCUGCAGGAGCUGUGUGGUCUCUGGGAGGAGGUGGAGGAGGAGGUGAAGCUGAAGAAGAUCAGGAUCGUGGAGCUGAACCUCAAACUGACUGAAUGUGAAACUCAACGAAGCAACAAGAUCAGAGCUCUCCUCAGGACAUACCGCCACCUGCUGGAGAAGAUCAGCUCCCAGCCGCCUGCUGACAUCCACAGACUGAUCCACAGCGAGGCCACGAUGCUGAAUCAGUGUUUACUGGCUAACCGACGCAGCACCGCUCGCCUCCUGCUGCUCCUCCAGGAGGAGAACCUGCAGCAGGAGUCACUCCUCCGUCUGCACUGGGAGGACUGUCUGAACCGCUGGAGGAGAAGCAGAGUCAGCCAGGUGGUAGACAGGUUCAGGAGUGUGUGCGGUACAGAUGUGGAGCAGCAGCUGGUCUCGGAGCGGCAGGUCGUUCAGGAAAUGAGACAGACUCAGAAUCAGCUGACUGAACAACGCUGUGACAUCAUCAGUAAGAUCAGCCUCCUGGUCCCGCCCACCUGCUCCACGUCUCUGGUCUGUGAUUGGUUCAGUCAGCUGACAGCCGUCAAUCAACAGAUCGACAGUCUUCACUCUGAUCUCCUCCAUCAGCUGCGUUGCAGAUGUGAGCAGGUGUGGCAGGAUCGUCUGACAGAGGUGCAACGCUGUGAGGAGGCGCUCUCAGCUUUGCAGCUGUCAGAGGAGGAGGUGACAGACAUCAUCAGCUCUCAGAUCUUCACUCUGAUUGGACAAAGCCAGAGACAGGAAGAAGAGCGAUUGGCUGCUUUAGAGGUGUGGGCGGAGUCAGUGUCAGGUGAUGCGCUCCGUGUCAGCAGGGGUGUGUUUGCAGUGAUGCGAGCAGCGGCGUUGCUAUGGGAGACGCACCACUGCAGCGUGCAGAGCAGAGAAGAAGAAGUGCAGAGACACCUGGAUGAGGUCAGACGCUCCCAGGAACAGCUGAUCCAGAGGAAGAAGGUGCGUCUGGACGACCUGCUGGGAGGACUGAGACAGGAAGGCAGCGAGGACAAUCUGAGGAUCAGUCUGCAAAGGACCGUCCAAUACCUGCAGGACAUCAAACACAGCUGCAGUCAGUGUGUAUCUGAGCAGUGGGAAGUGUUGGAUCUUCUCCCCUCAGAGUUUCAGCAGGAGCUUCUCUCCUACAGCAGCAGUCUCUGCUCCUUCUACCAGCUCAGCAGCACCUACACACCGAGUCCAGAAGAAUUGCAGAACCUCCAUCUGACAUCCAGCACGCUGAACAGCAGAGACACUGAGGAGACCAAUCCAGAGGACAUGACAGAGAAACAUCCAAUCAGCUGUCACAAUGAUGCCCAGCCCUCUCAGGAUUGGCUGGCCGAGGUGAAGUUCAGAGCUGAGUCCUCUCUGCUGGAGCUCUAUGACAUCAGCGCCUAUGUCACGUUUACAUCAGCGAGGGGCGUGGCCUACACUGGCCCUGCCUUCAGAUGCCCCGCCCCCGACCUGCCGUACAACCUGCAGCAGGAAACACACCUGAACCUGUUUCCUGUGGAGCUGCUGACACACACAUUGAGCAGGACUCGGACUCUGUUCUUGGAUCACCUGGAGCAGCGUUUCCAUGACGUCCUCAGCUCAGCCGUUGCCAUGGUAACAGACAGGAAGGACGCGGUGCGUUUGGACCAGGAACUCCAACUGCAGCAGCUCGACCCCCAAAACAUCCAGACACACAUAUACCUGCCACGCCUGGUGUUGUUGUCCUGCAGGACGGAGCUGCAGCAGCUGCAAACGUCUCUCAGCACCAAGAACCAGGAACUCAUCCUGACCCUGUCCAACAUGGAGGACACCGUCCUCACAGCUGACUGCAGCCAGAGUGUGGAGGCUGUUAUCUCCACCCUGCAGGACUGUGUGGAUCAUCAUAUCAAACAGACUCAGCAGAGUCAGACGUCCUUCAGACAGACGGUUCAGGUCCGGCUGGACGACCUGAGACACCGAACCACCCGACUCCUCGACUCCUUCAGGCUGUUCAGUGAGGGAGGAGACUUUGCUCCUCAGGAGGUUCGGCUGUUCCAGAGACGACUGAAGGAGGAGAGCAAACAGCUGAGUGUGACUGAAGAAAACAUCUACAUCCAGCUGGAGGCCUUCCAGUCCCUGAGCCUGCAGCAGGUGAACGAGGUGUCAGGUCAGUUUGAGGAGAAACUUUCUCUUCUUCACUCUGAGCUGAAAUUCACUGAAAAGAUCCAGAAAAUCAUCAGCAGCACACAAGUUCACAUCAAGGCUGAGGCAGCCAGCAGUAAUCAGCAACAGUCAAAGAUCAACAACAGGUUGGAAGAUUUAAAGAGGAUGAUGGACGAUGAAGAGGUGUCUUCAGAUCAGGUUUGUUCGUUCUUGUCUUCGGUCAGUGAAGAACUCAGGAAGCGAUGUCACUACCUGGACCUUUCAUUGGACAGCGUGUCUCUGUCAGCCAGGUCCAGGUCCAGGUCCAGGAGGGAGGUGCACUCAGCUCCCCCUGCUGGUUUACUGCAGCCCUGCAGGUCAGGUGUUGACUUCCUGGAUGAUCCUGCUGUGGGCGUGGUCAAGACCCUGAACAGGCUCAGCGACUCGGAGGACAGACGGCAGAGUGGAGGAACAGCUGCAGGUCAGAGUUCUGUCCAACGUCCUCAAUACAGAAGCACUGAGACUGCCAGUGCUCUGAGUCAGUCGGCCUCUCUGAUUGGCUCUCUGUGUUUCAGCUCCUUCAGCUCCAUCAUCACCUCGCUGCUCUGGAAGGCCAACGAUGUCCUGCUGCUGGUUGCCGAGGACUUCUACCAGAGCGAGCGCUGCGUCCUCAGCAGGUUUCAUCUGGUCUCUGACAGUCUGGACCAAUGGGCUGAGAGCAUGCAGCAAAGGCUGCUGGGAUACCAGGAACAGGCCAGGAGGUUACUGAGCAUGAGCAGAGAAGCUUUGAUCAGUAACUUUGAGCGGCAGCAGGAGGCGGAGCUUAUAGAGGAAGUGGGCGGAGUCACAGAGAUGCUGGAGGAGACGCAGUCAGCCAGCGAGGAGCAGAAGGCGCUGAACGUCCGUCAGCUGCGAGCGUCUCUCAGUGAGGACGAGUGUGUGUCUCUGCACAGCAGGGAGCGGCUCCGACAGCAGCAGCUCCACAGCGCCAUCUGCUGCUCACACCUGGACCUGCAGGAGCGUCUCCGAGUCCGAGGGGAGGACUUUGUGACAUCACUGUCCGCUCUGACGGAGAAGCUGCUCCAUCAGCUGGAUCAGCUGAUCACGCCCUCAGCUGGAUCAGCUGACCUCAUCCUCAGCACCACUGACUCACCAGUAUCUGUUUCCAUGGCAACGACAGCAUCCAUCACCACGACCAGAUGCACCCUGGGACACCUGGCUGUUAUAGAGCAGAGAGACACUGCUGUGAAGAGGUUUGAGCUGUUGUUCAGGGAGGAGUUGUCACGUUCAGAUUCCAACAAAGAAAAACGACUGAGAGACCUGCAGAGCUGGAGCACACACUGGAGCCAGCAG